AAGCAUCUUCUUUCAAACAUGGGCUUUACUCUCCACUCUGCCUCUUUCACCCUGAAGGUGAGCUUAUUACUGGGCUCUUUUCUUAGCCUGUGUCUCGGGCUCGAGUUUGUGGGUGUCCCCAAUCAGUGGGCGCGUUACCUCCGCUGGGAUGCCAGCACCAGGAGUGACCUCAGCUUUCAACUGAAGACCAACGUCUCAGCUGGAUUGCUCCUCUACUUUGAUGAUGGUGGUGUCUGCGACUUCCUCUGUUUGUCCCUGGUGGAUGGACGUAUUCAGCUCCGAUUCAGUGUGGACUGUGCUGAGGCCACAGUUGUCACAGAUAAGCAAGUCAACGACAGCAACCUACACUUCCUGAUGGUCAGUCGCAACCACCUCCGGACAGUUCUUGUGCUGGACGGUGAAGCCAAGCCUGGAGAGGUGCGCCCUCAGCGCCAAUACAUGAAUAUUGUCAGUGACCUCUUUGUGGGAGGCGUCCCGUCAGACAUCCGUCCUGCAGCCUUGACCCUUGAUAGUGUCCUGGGUGAUCCACCAUUUAAAGGAUUUAUCGUGGACCUGAAGUAUGGCAGUUCAGAACCCCAGCUUCUGGGCCACCAAGGCGUCCGCCUGGACAUGGAAGGGCUAUGUACAGAGAACCCUUGUGAGAAUGGUGGAAAUUGCUUCCUUCUGGAUGGCGAGCCACAGUGUGAUUGCUCAGCCACUGGAUACAUUGGGAGAUUCUGUUCUGAAGAUGCCAAUCGUGUUCCAGGACUUUCACACCUGAUGAUGGGUGAACAAGCGAGAGAGGAGAAUGUAGCCACGUUCCGUGGGUCUGAAUACCUGUGCUAUGACCUCUCCCAGAACCCCAUCCAAAGCAGCAGUGAUGAGAUCACCCUGUCCUUCAAGACAUGGCAGCGCAACGGGCUUAUCCUGCACACGGGCAAGUCAGCCGAUUAUGUCAACUUGGCUCUGAAAGACGGCGCGGUCUCGUUGAUCAUUAACCUGGGGUCGGGAGCCUUCGAGGCCAUUGUGGAGCCAGUCAGUGAUCGUGGCAAAUUUAACGACAACAUCUGGCAUGAAGUUAAAGUGACCCGCAACCUGCGGCAGCACUCAGGCAUUGGACACGCUAUGGUGACAAUCUCUGUGGAUGGAAUCCUCACAACCACGGGCUACACACAAGAGGACUACACCAUGCUAGGCUCAGAUGACUUCUUCUACGUAGGUGGGAGCCCCAGUACAGCCGAUCUACCUGGUUCUCCUAUCAGCAACAACUUCAUGGGCUGCCUCAAAGAGGUUGUUUAUAAGAAUAAUGACAUCCGUCUGGAGCUGUCUCGCUUGGCAAGGAUUGGUGACACAAAGAUGAAAAUCUAUGGAGAUGUGAAGUUCACAUGUGAGAAUGUGGCCACACUGGACCCCAUCAACUUUGAGACACCUGAGGCCUACAUUAGCCUGCCUAAAUGGAACACUAAACGAAUGGGUUCCAUCUCCUUUGACUUCCUCACCACAGAGCCUAAUGGCCUCAUACUCUUUACUCAUGGCAAACCCCAGGAGAGAAAGGAUUCCCGGAGCCAGAAGAAUACCAAAGUGGAUUUUUUUGCUGUGGAACUCUUAGAUGGGAACCUCUACCUUCUCCUUGACAUGGGCUCUGGAACUGUCAAAGUGAAGGCCACUCAGAGGAAAGCAAACGAUGGAGAAUGGUACCAUGUUGAUAUCCAGAGAGAUGGCAGAUCAGGUACCAUAUCAGUGAACAGCAGACGGACACCAUUCACUGCUAGCGGAGAGAGCGAAAUUCUGGAUCUAGAAGGGGACAUGUACCUGGGGGGCCUGCCUGAAAAUCGGGCAGGCCUCGUGCUUCCGACUGAACUCUGGACUGCCAUGCUGAAUUAUGGCUAUGUGGGCUGCAUCCGAGACCUCUUCAUCGAUGGGAGGAGCAAGAACAUCCGGCAGCUGGCAGAGCAGCAGAAUGCUGCCGGGGUCAAAUCUUCCUGCUCGCGGCUGAACACCAAGCACUGUGACAGCUACCCCUGUAAGAACAACGCUGUCUGUAAGGAUGGCUGGAAUCGCUUCAUCUGUGACUGUACCGGGACUGGCUACUGGGGGAGAACAUGUGAGCGGGAGGCUUCCAUCCUGAGCUAUGACGGCAGCAUGUUUAUGAAGAUCGUUAUGCCUAUGGUCAUGCACACAGAGGCAGAGGAUGUGUCCUUCCGCUUCAUGUCCCAACGAGCUUAUGGGCUGCUAAUGGCCACCACGUCACGUGAUUCAGCCGAUACCCUGCGCCUAGAGCUAGAUGGAGGCCGUGUCAAACUCAUGGUCAACCUAGACUGUAUCAGGAUAAACUGUAACGCCAGCAAAGGACCGGAGACCCUUUACGCUGGGCAGAAACUCAAUGACAACGAGUGGCACACAGUCCGUGUGGUGCGCCGAGGAAAGUCUCUCAAACUGACUGUGGAUGAUGAUGUGGCUGAAGGUACAAUGGUUGGUGACCACACCCGCUUGGAGUUCCACAAUAUUGAGACUGGGAUAAUGACAGAGAAACGUUAUAUCUCGGUCAUUCCAUCCAGCUUCAUUGGUCACCUUCAGAGCCUCAUGUUCAAUGGCCUUCUCUACAUCGACCUGUGCAAGAAUGGCGACAUUGACUACUGCGAACUGAAAGCCCGCUUCGGGCUUCGCAAUAUCAUUGCUGAUCCAGUGACCUUCAAGACCAAGAGCAGUUACUUGAGCUUGGCAACAUUGCAAGCCUACACCUCCAUGCACCUCUUCUUCCAGUUCAAGACAACCUCUGCAGACGGCUUCAUCCUUUUCAACAGUGGAGAUGGAAAUGAUUUCAUUGCUGUUGAAUUGGUCAAAGGGUACAUACAUUACGUGUUUGACCUUGGGAAUGGACCUAAUGUCAUUAAGGGUAAUAGCGAUCGGCCUUUGAAUGACAAUCAGUGGCAUAAUGUCGUCAUCACCCGAGACAACAGCAACACCCACAGCCUAAAAGUGGAUACCAGGAUUGUUACUCAGGUUAUCAAUGGUGCCAAAAAUCUUGAUCUUAAGGGUGAUCUUUAUAUUGCUGGCCUGUCUCAAGGAAUGUACAGCAACCUUCCAAAGUUGGUGGCCUCCCGUGAUGGGUUUCAGGGCUGCCUGGCAUCAGUGGACUUGAAUGGCCGUCUGCCAGAUUUGAUCAAUGAUGCUCUACACCGCAGUGGGCAGAUCGAGCGUGGAUGUGAAGUUGAGUUGACCAAAGCUGACCUGCAAGGACCAAGCACCACCUGCCAAGAAGAUUCCUGUGCCAACCAAGGCAUCUGCAUCCAGCUGUGGGAAGGCUUCACUUGCGACUGUAAUAUGACAUCAUACUCUGGGAGUCAAUGCAAUGACCCUGGUGCCACAUAUAUCUUUGGGAAAAGUGGAGGCCUCAUCGUAUAUACCUGGCCAGCGAAUGACAGACCCAGCACAAGGACAGACCGCCUUGCAGUAGGGUUCAGCACAACAGUGAAGGAUGGUAUCUUGGUUCGGAUUGACAGCGCUCCUGGCCUUACUGACUUUCUGCAGCUCCACAUAGAGCAAGGCAAGAUCGGUGUGGUCUUUAACAUUGGCACUGUAGAUAUCUCCAUCAAAGAAGAGAGCACCCCUGUGAAUGAUGGCAAAUACCAUGUUGUGCGAUUUACACGAAAUGGUGGCAAUGCAACGCUUCAGGUGGACGGCUGGCCAGUGAACGAACACUAUCCUUCAGGCAACACUGAUACUGCGUUCCAAUUGGUUAAACCGAAAAUCCCCUUCAAAUAUAACCGGCCCGUAGAGGAAUGGCUACAGGAAAAAGAUGAUGCAACACCGCAUCACCACUUGACUUCGAGACCCGCCACGACGACCAAAAUUGGACGACAGUUAACGAUCUUCAACACCCAGGCGAAAAUAGCCAUUGGAGGAAAAGACAGAGGGCGUCUCUUCCAAGGCCAGCUCUCCGGUCUCUAUUACAAUGGCUUGAAAGUGUUGAACAUGGCAGCAGAGAACAACCCCAACAUCAAGAUCAAUGGGAGCGUCCGGCUUGUCGGAGAAGUACCAUCCAUCGUGGGAACAGCACCCACCACCUCCAUGCCCCCAGAGAUGUCAACCACAGUCAUGGAAACCACCACUACUAUGGCCACAACCACAACCCGAAAAAACCGUUCCACUCCCACCAUUCAGACAACAGAUGAUCUCGUUUCAUCAGCAGAAUGUUCCAACGAUGACGAAGACCUCAUUGAAUGUGAGCAGAGUGUAGGAGGUGAAUUAGUUAUCCCUCUUCUUGUAGAAGACCCUUUAGAUAUCCCUUCUAUUGCUACUCGUGCACCUUUCAUUACACUCCCCACUACCUUCCGCCCCCUCCUCACCAUUAUUGAGACCACCAAAGAUUCCCUGUCCAUGACCUCUGAGGCGGGGUUACCUUGCUUGUCGGACCAAGGCAGCGAUGGUUGUGAUGAUGAUGGCUUGGUGAUAUCUGGGUAUGGCUCAGGGGAAACCUUUGACUCUAACCUACCCCCUACUGAUGAUGAAGAUUUUUACACCACCUUCUCCUUGGUAACAGAUAAGAGUCUUUCCACUUCAAUCUUCGAAGGUGGCUACAAAGCACAUGCACCCAAGUGGGAAUCCAAGGACUUUAGACCUAACAAAGCCUCCGAAACUGGUAGGACUACUACCACAUCUUUGUCCCCUGAGCUGAUCCGCUCCACAGCUUCGUCCUCGACUGGGAUGGUGCCCAAAUUGCCAGCCGGCAAUAUGAAUAACCGUGACCUCAAACCCCAGCCUGACAUAGUCUUGCUUCCGUUGCCCACUGCCUAUGAGCUAGACAGCACAAAACUGAAGAGCCCGCUAAUAACUUCCCCCAUGUUCCGUAAUGUGCCCACAGCAAACCCCACGGAGCCGGGAAUCAGACGGGUUCCGGGGGCCUCAGAGGUGGUCCGUGAGUCGAGCAGCACAACGGGGAUGGUCGUCGGCAUUGUGGCUGCUGCCGCCCUCUGCAUCCUGAUCCUCCUGUACGCCAUGUACAAGUACAGGAACAGGGACGAGGGGUCCUAUCAGGUGGAUGAGACGCGGAACUACAUCAGCAACUCGGCCCAGAGCAACGGCACGCUCAUGAAGGAGAAGCAGCAGAGCACAAAGAGCGGCCACAAGAAACAGAAAAACAAGGACAAAGAAUAUUACGUGUAAA